GGGGGGGCACAAACAAUCACCACCCCUUAUCCUAACACCGUGACCUUUUUGUGCAAUAAAACUCAUUUUCCUCGUCUUCGCUCCCUUCUUCCUCGAGUGCUGUACAUACCCUCUGCUCUCGUCUGUCUGCAUCUCUUGCUAUCUUUUGGAUACUAUUCUGCUGCUUCCUCAUCACUUCUUCACACACAAACCCUCCACACCGCUCUCACCAUGUCUAAACGAAACUCGACCAGACUUGCCAAUGGCUCUGCACCCGCUGUCGACCAGCCCGUCCCCAGCUACCUCCUCACUGGCAAAGUUGCCCUUGUGACAGGAUCAGGGCGAGGUAUGGGCCGUGAGACCGCUCUCGAACUCGCUCGCCGUGGCGCCGACGUUGUGGUCAACUAUGCCAACUCCUCCAAGGCCGCCGACGAGCUGGUGGCCGAGAUCAAGGCCCUCGGCCGAGACUCGAUCGCCGUCCAAGCCAACGUGUCGGACGUCUCCCAGAUCAUCAGCAUGUUCGCCGAGGCCAAGAAGCACUUUGGCAAGCUGGACAUUGUGGUUUCCAACUCGGGCGUCGUCUCCUUCGGCCACUUGAAGGACGUCACCGAGGAAGAAUUCGACCGUGUCUUCAACAUCAACACCCGAGGCCAGUUCUUCGUGGCCCGGGAGGCAUACAAGAACCUCGAGGUCGGCGGCCGCAUCAUCCUGAUGGGCUCCAUCACCGGCCAGGCCAAGGGCGUGCCCAAGCACACCGUCUACUCGGGCUCCAAGGGCGCCAUUGAGACCUUUGUCCGCUGCAUGGCCAUCGACUGCGGCGACAAGAAGAUCACCGUCAACGCCGUCGCCCCCGGCGGCAUCAAGACCGACAUGUACCACGCCGUCUGCAGAGAGUACAUCCCCAACGGCAUGAACCUGUCCGACGACCAGGUCGACGAGUACGCCGCCACGUGGUCGCCCAUGAACCGCGUCGGCCAGCCCAUCGACGUUGCCCGCGUCACUUGCUUCCUGGCCUCGCAGGACGGCGAGUGGGUGAACGGCAAGAUCAUCGGCAUUGACGGCGCCGCUUGCAUGUAAAAAGGGGGCCACGAAAAAUGACGGGAGUUUUGGAUCCGAAACCCAGACAUGACAUUGAAGAAAGGCGGUUACGGGGUGGAGGCACGAAGGAGCUAGAACAAGACUUUUUUUCAUUUCCGCGAGAGAGUGAGAGAGAGAGAGAGAGAGAGAGAGAGAUCACAAGCAAGCUGUGGGAUAUAUAGGGGUGUCAACACGUUGUUUUUCCCCUCUGACGGACGAUACUUGAUGAUGACGGGGAACAAACAGAUCCAAGGUAUUCUUUUUUUACAUCGUUGAGGGAAAAGAGAAGGAAAAGCGGGUCAACAAUCUUCCUUGCAAAGUUUGGAUAUGCAUGCAGCCUGCCAUAAAUUCACACGUCUGGACACACACACACACACCUACCUACCUCCCUUUCUCCGCUAUUUCUAUCUCGGAUCACACAGCCUGGCGCGAGCUCUGCUUGGGAAAGAAGCGAGUUGAGUUUGAGUUGAGUUGGAUCACCGUUGUCGUUGUCGUUGUCGUUGUCGUGGCCUGGGCUGGCGCGGGAAUUCUUCGAAAUGUACGGAGUAUCUAUCCACAUACCUAGCUACUACUACUUACUAGACCAAGGGGGGGGGUUCAAAUCUGGGAAGCGCGCUUUGCGGUUUGCAUUCCAACAACAGAGAUAAAGCGAUCUUUUUG